AUGUCAGUUAUCUCUCGUACAACGCUGCCAUUAUACUGCCUAAGCCGAUAUUUUAGUCGACGCUAUACAUCAAACAAAAAUAUUUCCUUUCGUCAAUUUUCACUCACCACAGCGCAUACAUCACAGUCAUUACCGCCAUUAUCGAAUGAAAGCGGUACAUUACCGAAUGCUAAGCCGUCAGCAGCAAAAGCAAAACCAAAAUUUAACAUAACAUGGAAGUCUGUAACCGUCACUUUUAUAGGUGCUGGAUCACUUUUACUUUACAUGUAUUAUCUUGAUACAAAGAAAAAACAACGUUUUCGAGCUCAGCAGCGUGCUCACGUGGGGAAAAUGGCAAUUGGUGGCCCAUUUGAAUUGAUAACACAUGAGAAAAAAACGGUAACAGAUAAAGAUUUUCAUGGUCAGUGGAUUUUAAUCUAUUUUGGUUUUACGCAUUGUCCUGAUAUUUGUCCAGAAGAAUUAGAAAAAUUAGCUGAAGUAACUGAAAUUCUACGAAAGAAAUUUGCAUCGUCGUCAUCGUCAAUCACCAAUAAGAAAUAUCCGUUUCAACCACUAUUUGUUUCCGUUGAUCCGGAACGUGAUACACCCGAAUUAGUAUCGACAUAUAUCAAAGAUUUUUCACCCCAUUUCAUUGGAUUAACCGGCACACGAGAACAAGUUCAAAAUAUGUGUAAACAUUAUCGUGUGUAUUUUAGUCAAGGACCGAAAGUAGGCAAUGAUUAUAUUGUUGAUCAUGCAAUCAUAAUCUCACUCGUGUCGCGACCGUUUGUGAAAAAAUUUAAAGCCAACAAUGAUGAAAAUACGUUGACAAAUGAAAUUUUGAAUCAUUUUGAUACAAUUAAACAAGUACAAUCUACAUAUUAUGCUAAAUGGAAUCUAUGUCAAGAUCUCUUUUCCAUGUUAUCGGGUAUCGUACCAGUUGUAGGCGGUUGUGAUUUGAUCCGUGCUCGAGUACCUAUUCUACGUUUCACCGAUUCUGCGAGUCGAUUACGUUGUGAUUUAAAUAUAAAUAACGUGACGGGAAUACGUAACACAGAUUUACUUCGAUUUUAUUCAGAAACUGAUCCACGCGUGGCACCCUUAGUUCUUAGUCUAAAAACUUGGGCCAAAUUUCACAAUAUCAAUGAUGCUAGCCAACAAACACUUUCCAGUUAUUCGUUGACAUUGAUGAUUAUUUAUUACUUACAAAGUAUAGCGUCGCCGCCUGUUGUCCCAGUUUGGCAACAACUGUUACCUGAUCGAUUUGAUGCAAAAAUUCCUUGUUCUCAACUUAAACGCAACGAUAAACCAUCUGAAUUAUGGCAGUCACAAAAUAUCCAAUUAGUAGGAGAAUUAUUUAUUGGAUUUUUGAGUUAUUAUGUAAAACAGUUUAGAUUUGAAGAUUAUGCUAUCAGUGUUCGACUCGGGAGUUUAUUAGAUAAAGAGGAUUUUUUGGAUAAUGAUAGAACUAAUUAUGGAAAUAGUUUAAUUGCGAUUGAAGGCGAGUAUUAUACUUUUGAUGUAUCUGUAUAUUGUUUGUAUUUAAUUGUUUCUAUUAUACUAUUUUAG